GACAUAUUUUUUCAAUAUAAUAUUAUUGUGGCGCUGUUAGAUUGGUAUCCUCAUCGACCUUAUCACUAAACUUCGUGGUUCUAUGGCGGUAAUGCGGUAUUAAAAAGUUAUCAGCUAUUUCACAAGCUGCAGCGGCCUGCGAGUAAUCGAGAAUCAUCAAUGACUAACCGUUUCUUAUAUUUUGUACUUUGUUGUGUUUUAUAAAUAUGAAUCAUCAAGAAAAUCAAUUGUCCGACAUGUUAGAAGUUUUCAUAUGUACAAAAUUGUCAGAACCUGAAAUAAACACGAGGAGAUACAGAAAAGGUAUGACGAUUAGCGAUCUGAAGAAUAAAUUGGAAAUGAUCACGGGGCGAUCGGCUGGUACGAUGAUACUGUCAGCUUAUGAUAAAGAUAAGUUAAUAGCCAAAUUGGACGAUGACGAUUCCCAAUUGGGAUCAUAUCCGGUUGAAAACGGUAUGUUUUUGUUGGUUGAUGAUCCAGCUUAUGAGGCAUCUGAUCAGGAUUCUAUUGAUGGCUACAAAAUGACCGAGGAAGAAUAUAAUGCUAAACAAGAAACAUUGAAGAGCUUUUUAAAAAAUAACAAGCUGGGUAAAUACAAUCCAGAAUAUCUGAAACAACGAGAACAAGAAAACUUAGAAAAAGAACAACAGGAGAAUAUUGAAAAAGAACAAAUCGACAAGAUGGAAAUUGGUCAGAGGUGUUGUAUUCGUCUACCAAACAAACCUGUUCAACAUGGCACAGUUAUGUACAAAGGACGUUUAGAUGACAAAAAUGGCUAUUGGGUUGGAGUCAAAUAUGAUGAACCAUACGGCAAGCACAAUGGAACUUUAAAUGGAAAAAAAUAUUUUGAAACACUUCCCAAGUAUGGAUCCUUUGUUUCUCCUUCAGCGGUUGAAAUUGGUGAUUUUCCAGUACUUGACGAUGAACUUUAAACAUUCCUUUUACUAUAUAUUACUAUUGUUGUCUUUACUAUUAGCUAACAUCAAUGAAUUACUAUUAAUUGUGCAAUGUAUUAAUACAUAUUUUUUUACACUUUUUUUAUUAUUAUAUUAAUACCUACUAUUUAACAACACUAGAGGUGAUUUAGAUUCAUAUUUUUUUUUAAUCUUAAUCACUUAUUAUAACUUUUUUAAGAAAUGUCCAUGAAUAUUUCUAGCAUUGCUUGUGAUAAAUAAAUAAUAUUUAAAUUAA